AUGCCCACCGCAACGGAGACUCCGUUUCACCCCUACUACCCAAUUGAAGCCGAGAUCGUCGGAUACCUCGCCAAUGAAUGGAACACGCUGGAGCUAUGCUCUAUGUUCUCAGCGGGCUGUGCCGUCAUCUUCGUGGCUACAUAUUUGGCCGUGAAAAGAUUGCGACCUCAUGUGUCAACUCCGGAUCUGGCAACCGUCAUGUGGUUUGUGUUGUGCGGAUGCAUUCACCUCUUCUUCGAAGGCUACUUCGCGUAUAACUUCCGCCGCAUGGGUGGGAUGCAGGAUCUAUUCGGGCAGCUAUGGAAAGAGUACUCGCUCUCCGACUCCCGCUACUUAACCCAGGACGCCUUCGUUCUUUGCAUGGAAACUAUCACCGCGAUCUUCUGGGGUCCCCUCUCCUUCCUUACCGCUGCCCUAGUCGCCACUGACCACCCUCUACGCUACCCCCUCCAAACCAUUGUCUCGCUCGGCCAGCUCUACGGCGACGUCCUCUACUACGCAACCAGUUUAUUCGACCACAUGAUUCUGCAGGUCUCAUACUCGAGGCCUGAGGCAGCGUAUUACUGGGGGUAUUUUGUCUUUAUGAACAGCUUCUGGAUUGUAAUACCCCUGUAUCUGCUCUGCACGAGCGUGAGUGCGAGCGCUAGGGCCGUUGCGGCGUUGAAUAAAGUAGAGAUGACGUUGAAGGAACUCACUCUGAAGGCGAAGGGAGCUAAUGGGGUUGCUAACGGUGCUGUCAAGAAGCAUCAGUAA